ACAGCAGCACGGUUUGAGGGAUGGCGGCUCCCAGAAAGAUAGCGUUGUUUCGCCUACCUCCCCUGCCCACAAUUGGGGAGGUAAUCAAGCUGUACAACCUGCGAGCAGAGAAACAGCUGUCCCAGAACUUUCUGCUGGACAUGAGGCUCACAGGUGAGUCAGCCUCCUCCUUUAGCUGCAAUGCACCAACACCUGGUACACUGUGAGGACACAAUGGUGUUUUUUCUCCCCCCCCCCCCCCCCCCCCCCCCCCCCGUUCACAACAUGUUCAGUGUACCAGACUGCAGUGCCCACAUAGGCUUGUCCACAAGCGGCAGAUACUACUGAUGUGAUUAUAUCAGUGAUGCAGUGCUGCAGAUCUGAUCUGGUGCCCUUGAACAAGGUUUCUGUUUUAGAUAAAAGAACUAAAGAAGCUUAGCCAACUUUGCCAAGGAGAGAUAGGAGCCAGGCAUAUGCAAAAAUACAGUGCCACUGCCAACAUUUAUUUUGCCUGUCAUAAUAAAAUAUGCAUGUAAGAUCAACUUGAUACAUUGUUCACCUUUAAUAUACCCAACCCAUUCCAAUGUGAAUAAGUAAUGCACCCUGGUCACUGUGUUUUCUGAACUGUGUGUGUAGAUAAGAUUGUACGCCAAGCAGGCAGUCUGAGGGACGCCCAUGUGUGUGAGGUGGGUCCUGGACCUGGAGGGCUGACCCGCUCCAUCCUCAAUGCUGGGGCUGCAGACCUGCUGGUGGUGGAGAAGGACAACCGCUUCAUACCCGGACUAAACGUACGCUACAGGAGACCAUGCAGGAAGAGGUUGUCUUUAAAAUAAUUGCCCAAAUUGUAAACAGUAAAUACUCAAGUACCUGUAAUAUGCAAAUUCCGUUUCCACAGCUCUUGUCUGAAGCGGCACCAGGGAAGCUCAGGGUUGUCCAUGGUGACAUACUCACGUACAGAAUGGACAGAGGAUUCCCAAAAGUCAUAACCAAGGCAUGGGAGGAUGGUGAGUGAGAUGAAGAAGUAGCUUAGUAUUGAGGUAGAUUUGCCACUUGCCUGAUUGAUGGAAGUGUCUACUAGAUUGCUUUAUGUCAGGCACACACAGUACAGUGAUUUAUGUUUUGUGCAAUGUGUUGCAACCGUGUGAUACUACUAAAACUGUCCCUCCAGAUCCACCGGACCUGCAUAUCAUUGGGAACCUUCCCUUCAGUGUGUCCACUCCUCUCAUCAUCAAGUGGCUGGAGAACAUAUCCAACAGAACUGGAGCCUUUGUUUACGGCCGGACCAGACUCACCCUUACCUUUCAGAAAGAGGUGGCAGAGGUAUGUGUGCUGUUUGUUCAAUACUGGCUAUUCUCACUCAGUCGGUUUUCCUGAAUCAGUAACUGCUUUUCCGGUCUGAUUAUUCAGCCCUUUAUUCACCCUUUUUUUUAAUCUAACUGCUCAGGGCCAAAAAUUAUACUGACACAACAUGUUGGGUUUCCCCUUCCAGAGGUUGACAGCCAGCACAGCCAGCAGGCAGAGGAGUCGUCUGUCCAUCAUGGCCCAGUACCUCUGUACUGUCAAGAGCUGCUUCACCAUCCCAGGACGAGCCUUCAUCCCCAAACCUGAGGUAGGACCCCACGCUCUGCUCUGCUCUACACUACACACACACACACACACACACACAGCAUCUUAGCUGUAUAUCGAAGUUGAUGAUGACAAUGCUCCGUUUGUGGAGCACACACACUUGGAAAUGGGCACACAAUCAGCCACACAUCACCCCACACCAGGGGGUAGGACCCCCUAUUUACUCUCUGUUCUCCUCCUCUUCCAUUGCCCCCAUUUUUUUUGUCAUUCAAGUCUUUCUGCUGCUGUCACUCGACUCUUUACCAGACACAUACAGUUCAAGGGUUCAUUAUGGCUGCGUUAAAUCAAUGUUGUCUCAGAAGUGUCUUCAGAAUUGAGACACGUUGUUGGGUUAUGAUGCCUGGUGGGUAUUUGAGAUGCAGUGCUAUAAUCACACAUAGUAGUAUUAAGAACUCUGCCCCUUUUUUACAGUCUUUGCUCUGAGUCACUGGUGGGUUCUGAGGGAAUGCUUAUUAUAUAAGAUUAUAGGCCUAGGCUACUGAUUACAGAGAAUUAUGUUUCUCUGUUCUUGGGGAUGGGCUUUAGGUUGCUGUCUGAUGGACUAGGGUCCCCUGAAGAAGUAGUCCCUCUUUAGGAGCCCUCUGUUAGUAAAUAUUUCAUCUGUAUGGAAUGGAUGGAGUAAGGGAAGAGCAGUGAAGUGAAUAAAACUAGGGCUGAUUGUUCAUUCUCUUAGAAGAAAUAGCUCCAAUGAUUAUUUCAUCACAUAGAGGCAGCUUUUACGCCCCCUCUCUGUGUGUUUGUGUGUGUGUGAAUGUACACGUGACGUGUUUGUGUGCAGGCAUCCGUGUAA